AAAACCUGUGUAAAACCCUAGAAAACAGUGAAUACGGCGAUGGCGAAAGAACCGCCAUGGAUGGAAUUGCAGGAAGGUAUAUGGGAAAACAUAUUACAGAGGCUGGGUGUUAUAGAGAUACUGAAGACAGCACGGAAAGUGUGCAGAAAAUGGAGGCAAAUAUGCAAGGAACCAUCAAUGUGGCGAGUUAUUAACAUGCGGAAUAAUGGGAACCUCACUGAAAUAGGUUACCAGUUAGAGAAAAUAUGCCGCCGUGCCGUUGAUCGCAGUAGAGGUGAACUUAUUGAUAUCAAUUUGCAGUAUUUUGGCAAUGAUAAGUUGGUUCAGUACAUAGCUGAAAGAUCAGGAAAACUGAAGAGACUUCGUAUUGCCUGUUGCUAUUUUAAGGUAUGUGAAAGCUUGGUUGAAGCAGUUCAAAUGUUCCCAUUGUUGGAGGAGUUGAGUCUGACACACACUGCUAUCACGAUAGAAGGCAUUGAAGCUCUUGGACACUCUUGCCCACGGUUGAAGUCUUUUGAAUUUAACAAGUCAUUGUAUAUGGGAUCAGUCGAUGACUCUGAUAACGAAGAUGAAAGAAAUGAAGAAGCUCUAGCUAUUGCUAAAAAUCUACCUACCUUGCACCACCUUCAUCUCAUUGGGAAUAGUAUGACAAAUAAAGGCCUCCAAGCUAUUCUUGAUAGUUGUCCUCAUCUUGUUUCUCUAGACUUGCGUCUGUGCAAAUAUGUUAGCCUCAACAAAGUCUUGAGUAGUAGAAUUUCCGGGAAGAUUAAAGAUGUGAAGCUCCCUCACGAAUCUUUGGAGGGUCUUGAAUUUUCAUUUGAGGCUUGUUGGGAUGAGGAUUUGUCUGAUAGCAUGUCCGAUGAUUAGUGAAGCUGUGAAGUUUUUGGGUAAGAUGUUUGUGGCGAAAAUAUAGGGAAUAUUUUGUAUUAUGCAUUCCCCAUCCUCUAGUAUCAAUAUUUUUGUCAAAGAUCUACUUGCAACUAUGUUCUUGUAUGUAUUGACUAGACUAUAUAGUGUUAUUUUUCCGUUGACUUAUUGUAAUGUUUGGAUUUUA